GCCCACGCCAGCGUCCAUCCGCAAACAGAGCAGAAGAGAGAAAAAGACUCGGGCAGGCAGGGAGGGAGGCAGUCGCGGGAGGAAACCCUGCUGCAGUCGUCUUCUCGACGUACAGAGACACGAGAGGCUUCAUCACAUCCUCAUCUCUCAGUCACACCGCUCUCAGACCAUGAACCUGCCCUUAUCUGGUUGCUAAGGAGGUGACAUCAAGCCUGGAGGAGCGUGGACUUUGUUGCUAAGUCAGAUUGUGUAGAGGGGGAAUAAAACAGCGAGCAUGGCACAGGCCUCUCAGGAACAGGGAGCAGCAGGUACCACUGAUCCGGAGGAGGACUCGCCCAACAUGAUCGUCUACAGGAAGAUUGAAGAUAUAAUCACCAGAAUCCAGGAUGAAACUGACGGAGUUCCCAUCAGAACCGUCAAGAGCUUCAUGACAAAGAUUCCUAGCGUCGUCACAGGCUCAGAAAUCAUUCAGUGGUUGAUGAAGAAUCUGCUCAUUGAUGAUCCAGCUGAGGCCUUGCACAUCGGGGGUCUGAUUGCUGCUCAGGGCUACAUCUUCCCCAUCUCAGACCAUGUGCUCACCUUGAAGGAUGACGGCACAUUUUACCGCUUCCAGGCUCCUUAUUUUUGGCCGUCGAACUGUUGGGAACCUGAGAACACAGACUACGCCAUCUAUCUGUGCAAGAGGACCAUGCAGAACAAGACUCGGCUGGAGCUCGCGGACUACGAGGCGGAGAACCUGGCGAGGUUGCAGCGGGCGUUCUCCAGGAAGUGGGAGUUCAUCUUUUUGCAGGCCGAGGCCCAAGUCAAGAUUGACAAAAAGAAGGACAAAACGGAGAGAAAGAUCCUGGACAGCCAAGAACGAGCCUUCUGGGACGUCCACCGACCAGUGCCGGGCUGCGUCAAUACCACCGAAAUGGACAUCAGAAAGUGUCGGCGCAUGAAGAAUCCACACAGGGUCAAAAAGUCAGUGUACGGUGUUGUAGACGACACGCUGACCCAGAGUCCCAUACAUACACACUCUCAACACUUCAGGAAGGACACUAAAGAGGACGUGGAGAAGGAGAUUUCAUUCCUGAAAACGCAGCUGGACAGACACUGUAUGAAAAUGUCUAAAGUAGCAGAGACGCUGAUGAGCUACACAGAGCAGUUUCUGGAGUACGAUCCCUUCGUGUGCCCCCUCGAGCCCCCCAACCCCUGGAUCAGUGAUGACGGCACUUUCUGGGAGAUGGAGGCCAGUAAAGAUCCCAGUCAGCAGAGGGUCAGGAAAUGGGGUUUCUCCCUGGAGGAAGCUCUAAAGGAUCCAGUGGGUCAGGACCAGUUCCUCAAGUUCCUGGAGUCCGAGUUCAGCUCGGAGAACCUGCGAUUCUGGUUGGCGGUGCAGGAUUUAAAGCGGCGCCCCCUACAGGACGUGCCAGCUCGGGCUCAGGAGAUCUGGCAGGAGUUUCUAGCCGAAGGCGCUCCCAGCUCCAUCAACCUGGACUCACAUAGCUAUGAGCGCACCAGCCAGAACCUGAAAGACCCGGGGCGGUACAGCUUCGAGGACGCCCAGGACCACAUCUACAUGCUGAUGAAGAGCGACAGCUACACCCGCUUUUUACGCUCCAGCGCCUAUCAGGACCUCCUGCUGGCUAGAAAGAAGCCUGAAAGUGAGCAGGGCCGGCGCACAUCUCUGGAGAAAUUUACCCGCAGUGUGGGAAAGUCGCUGACAGGAAAGCGCCUGACCGGACUCAUGCAGUCCUCCUGACCAGGCUUGAGACUGCACUAGCCUAGCGUAACCCAGAGGAGCUGCGGU